CGACCGUAAGCGUCGGGUCAGGUCAGGUUUGGUUUGACGCGUCGCGCUUGACGUAUGUACAGGUUGCCGGCGUAAACGUGUCUCGUCGUAUUUGUAUUACAUUGUACGUACAUACAUAAUCGUCGUGCCUCUCGCACGGAUUUAACGAUGUUAGUGCUCCUAAUUGCAAUAUGCAUCCUUUCCGGUGUUCACGCCACGAAACUCGAGCGGGUGCACGACGACGAACUCCUGAGUCUCAUAAAAGUCGAAAAAUACGUGGUCGUUCUAUUUACAACUAGCGCAGACUGUGCAGACUGUAAUAACUAUGAAAAGAAGUUGGCUCACUUGCGUGAGGAUCUCGUCGAUGCCAUGUCCGCAUGGGUUGUUAAGGCUGUUGAUAGUCAAUUACUUCAAUUAUAUAGCAAUACUAAGGAACCCGUUCUACUGUUCUUCCGACAUGGACUUCCUUUAGUAUACGAUGGACCUUUGGAGGACGAUGACAUAAUGACUAUGUUUACGGAAAAUAAAGCACCAGCGGUGAAGGAACUUACAGACGAUACGUUUGAGCAUUUAACUCAAGCAAGCACUGGUGCUACGACUGGCGACUGGUUUGUUAUGUUUUACAGCACGGACUGCGUACAAUGCUUGCGCACGAUGGCAAAGUGGGAAACGGUCGGUGCCAAGCUUAAACAGAAAGUAAAUGUAGCACUUGUUAAUAAAGCCACAACUGGGAUUUCCACAGCCAGGAGAUUCAACAUUUACAAACUUCCACAAUUUAUACUCUUUAGGCAUGGCAAAAUGUAUCGGUAUGACGUGGGAACAUACGAUAUUGCUUCCCUUGUGGCAUUCGCCAGAGAAUGGUACAAAGACAUAAGACCAGAUGAAGUACCUCCACUUCCAAGCUUUUUUGAUGAAUAUUCAAAAAUAAUGAUGACCUUUCUCUACGAUAAUCCGUGGAUACUUAAGCUAACUAGCAUUAGCAUUGGGGUGCUGGUUAUUAUUCUGGCAACUAUUAAAUGUAUAAAAUCAGAGGAAACUUCAGAGGAUACUAAAGAGGACUAAUAAAAACUAACUAUCUAUUACAUUCGAUUUGCCAAAAAUAUGUUACGAAUGUUUCUCGGUGCAGACUAUUGUCUAUAGUACUAAAAGUGAUUUUUAAUUGUACAUUAAAUUAUUGUAAAGGUAUGAUUGUAACAAAAAUCUACGUAUCUCUUUUUCAAAAAUAUUUAUUAAAUAUUUUUAAAAUAUUUAUUAAAUUAAAAAUUUGAUGAAAUCGAGAAAUUCGGUUAUUUCAUCACGCGAAAAAAUAUAAGAAAUUUAGUAUACAUUCAAUGAUAAUGUAAAAUUAAGAAUACAUUUAGUAACUGAAAUUAUUUCUCAAGAUUAAAAAGGAUGUACAUGAUUUUCUGUAUAACAGUCUAAUGUAUACAGCUAUUUGCAUUAAUUCUACAUAAAAAUAUAUUUUUUUACUUGAAAUGUAUUCAAAAAGUUAUAUAGUAAGUAAUGCAAAGAGAGAAUGUUUAUAACAGCAGUAAAUUUAAGGCAAAGCGGUAUUUACUUGAGGAUUGACCUUAAACGGGUUCGUAUUCGUUUUGUUAAGAAAAGACUUUUAUUGUCAAGUUAUUAGCCAUGCAUUCCAUUAAUUGUAUGAUAUUACGUCCAUUAAUUGUACAACACUCUGUUAUAUCUGUUACUCCAAAUUUUAUUGCUGCUUUUUUUCACAUAUAAUUUUUUAUGAG